UGAUUGACCUAGUCUCGCGAUUUUAUUAUAUGUUGACUACGUGUGCGCGCGCGAUCCUAUAUAUUGAUUAAAUUUAUCUACAUAUGAAAUAUUGUUUGAUCAUAUUGUUUCUCUAUUUAAAGAGCAUCUUCAAAAUUAGACAUAUCGAUUGAUCAUUAUAUUAUUAAUAUUCAAGGAUGAUGAUCUCAAAUGUAUGAAUUAUUAUAUAAAUAAGUUUAUAAAGUUUAUACAGUUAUAAAAAAAGAAGAAAGGAUUAAUCGUUAUGGCAGCGAAUCUGUGGAGAACAUUGUCACGUAAACGUAUUGAUGAUGAUCAAGAGGGCAAGGGCGAGUUGGCAAGAGUUCUAAAUAUAUUUGAUUUAACUGCCCUUGGAGUUGGUUCUACUCUUGGUUUAGGCGUUUAUGUUCUUGCCGGAAGUGUUGCAAAAGAAACGGCCGGACCAGCCGUUUGUGUUUCAUUUCUUAUUGCUGCUAUUGCUUCUGCUUUUGCUGGAAUGUGUUAUGCGGAAUUUGCAUCAAGAGUACCAAAAGCAGGAUCAGCUUAUGUUUAUAGUUAUGUAACAGUUGGCGAAUUUAUAGCAUUUGUCAUAGGAUGGAAUUUAAUAUUGGAGUAUGUUAUCGGUACAGCAAGCGUUGCUCGAGGUCUUAGUAAUUAUAUUGAUGCAUUAAUAGGAAAUAUUAUGGGAAAAACUUUGCAAUCUAUCAUGCCUAUAGACAUUUCUUUCUUAUCAGAGUAUCCUGAUUUUUUUGCAUUUGGCAUGGUUAUGUUACUUGCUGUUUUACUUAGCAUGGGAGUUAAAGAAUCUUCUUUUUUAAAUAAUGUAUUCACUGUCAUCAAUCUUCUUACAAUUCUUAUCGUUAUAGUAGCAGGUUCUAUUAAAGCCAAUCCAAAAAAUUGGUUCAUUUCGAUAGAUGAUAUUCCUAAAAAUGUAACGAAUGCUGGUACCGGUGGUUUUAUGCCAUUUGGAAUAACCGGUGUAAUGACAGGUGCAGCAAAAUGUUUCUAUGGCUUUGUGGGUUUUGAUGCUGUUGCUACAACCGGUGAAGAGGCAAAGAAACCACAACGUAAUAUACCCUUAGCCAUUGUUUUGUCUCUUAUUAUUAUUUUGGCAGCAUAUUUUAGUAUUUCUACUGUAUUGACCAUGAUGUGGCCAUAUUACGAUCAGAAUCCUGAUGCUCCAUUCCCUCAUGUUUUUCAACAAAUUGGAUGGCCAAUCAUCCAAUGGAUUGUCAAUAUUGGAGCUAUUUUUGCUUUAUGUACGAGUUUAUUAGGUGCUAUGUUUCCUUUGCCACGUAUAUUGUAUGCUAUGGCAAGUGAUGGGAUUAUAUUUAUGUGGCUUUCUAAAGUACAUUCUAAAACCAUGACACCAAUUUUGGGUACAAUACUUUCUGGACUACUUGCUGGAAUUAUGGCUCUUCUUUUUAAUCUCCAUCAAUUAAUCGAUAUGAUGUCUAUUGGAACAUUAUUGGCAUAUACGGUAGUAGCAAUAUCAGUAUUAAUAUUAAGAUAUCAAAAAGAAAAUGAUGUUAUGCCUGAAGUGACAAUGAAUGGUUAUGAAUUUACAGCAAUGAAUAUAUUCAAGCAAACAUUUAAUUUAAAUAAUCAUAAGGAUCCAUCACAUAUUUCCAACAUAGUUUCAAAAUGUAGUAUAGCUAGUUUUACCCUCGUUUUAUUUAUACUUAUUAUUAUAUCAAAUUAUGUUGAAUUUGAUAUAACAGAUGGCAAUGUAAUAGCAUUUGUAAUAAUAAUAAUACUCGCAUUUAUAUUAAUAUUAAAUGUAGCAUCUAUUGGUAGACAACCAGUUCAACAAGUCGAACUCUCUUUCAAAGUUCCAUUUGUUCCAUUGAUACCAUGCUGUAGCAUUUUUAUAAAUCUUUAUUUGAUGUUGCAAUUAGACAUGUUUACAUGGAUUAGAUUUAUCGUGUGGAUGUUAAUUGGUUUUUCUAUUUAUCUAUUUUAUGGAAUUUCUCAUAGUGUUCAGGGAAAAAAGAAUAAAAUUGAACUUAAUAUAAUGAAACAAAAAAAUGCGGAUCAAAGUGGAACCAUAACAAAAUUUUAAAAAUACGAUAUAUAAUUUCACAGCCACGUAAAGCCACAAACAAAAUAACCUCGUUUAUAUAUUAAGUUUUAAUAUAUUUUCAAUUUAAAGUAUUUUAUAUAAGAUAACAAUGAUUAUUGUGAUAUAUUUCUAUUGUAAUAUUAAUUUAUAUAAAAAAUAUUUUAUUGAUAUUAUAUUUAAAGACGUAUAUAAAAAAAAAUCUUUCGAUAAGAAUUUUAAGGACUUACCACUUACACCGGUUGCCCAACCUGCCUAAGGACAGAUAAUAAAUUAGAAAGAAAGAAAGGAGAAAGUAUUUUUCGUAAUACUUCUGGCGCCAUCUAGUGUUAUCAGCUUGAAUAAUAUUUUCGCGCCUUUUAUUGAACGAACUCCACCAUCGUUAUGUGUUCCUGUUACAAAUCGAGCAUUUUUGCGACAAUAAAGUGGCCGAUUAUAAACACUCAUAUAUAUAUAUAUAGGAUAUAAUAGCUAUGGUUAAAAUGUUAAAUAUUUUUAUUCAUUAUUAUUAAGUAUUAUAAGCAAAUUUUUAAUAUAUUAUAUAGUUCUAGAAAAUUUG